CAAAGGGUGGGGCUUGCUUCCUCCUUUGCCACCUCGGGGGAAACUCCAGGGUUUCCGGGGCUCUCAGAGUGGAGAGGAGGAGAAGGAGGAACGUGAACCCUGGGGCGGAGGAGGGAGGUGCAGCCGAAGUUCCUCCCCGCCUCCACCCCUGGCGGCCCCCGGGGAGGUGGGGGGGUGCUGUCAUUGAAGAGCCUGUGAGUCUGCAGCUGGGCAGAGGGGAAGAGAAGGGAGCUGGAGGGCCCGCAGCCGGAAAAGGACGGUGCCUGCUUGAGCGAGCCGGGGAGGUGGUCCCCUUGGCCCUCUGAAGCCGGGUGGCAGGACCCAUGGCGUCCACUGCCCUCUGGGCCCACCACUGGGCAGGACUCCUGCUCUCAGCCUCGCUUUUGACCACAUGGAGCCUGCCAGCUGCAGCCCAGCUCACCCUUGGUGACAGACUGCCUAAAGCCACCCGAAGCUCACUGGCCAAGCCCACCAUUGCAGUCAGCCAGGGCACUGCCAUAGAGCACAGGGAAGGGGUGAGCUUCUACUGUGACACCAAGGACGUAAAUAUUACCAUCUACUGGGUCUCCAACAAUCACCCCUUGAAGUUCGAUGAGCGCAUGUGGCUGUCCACGGAUCGCAAGAACCUCACCAUCCUCACUGUCCAGCGGGAGGAUGCAGGGACUUACCAGUGUGAAGUUUGGGGUGUCCUCCAGGUCCAGAGCAGCAACCCCACCUUCCUGAUCGUGUACUAUGGUCCUGACCCUGUUGAAAUCAAGUUGGAGCCUGGUGUACCCAAUGGGGAGGCAGUUGAGGUGAUAGAGGGCUCCAACUUGACCUUCUCGGUGGAAACACUGUCUCAUCCACACCCUGACUAUUCAUGGUUUUUCUCUAAUGACUCCAAGCCCAUCACGAGCUUGAGUUCCACCACGAGCACGUUUACCCUCCAUGCUGCAUCCAAGGAACACGAGGGCCUGUACAGGUGCUUGGUGUCCAACAAGGCCACCAACCUGUCCCGUCUGGGUGCCCUUAAAGUCCGCGUCCUUGAAAGAGUGACCAAGCCUUGCAUCACAUCCCCAAACCUGAAUCUUGUGGAGAAUGCCAGCCUGGUGGUCCUGACCUGCCAGACCAGCCAUGAGGGGGUUGGAGUCCAGUGGUUCCUGAGGGGCCAGCCCCUCCUGCCCAGCCCGCACCUGGUGCUGUCAGCUGACAACAGGACCCUGGUCAUCCACGGCCUCCGGCGAGAUGACGUGGGGCCCUACGAGUGUGAGGUCUGGAACUGGGGCAGCGGGGCCCGGAGCGACUCCUUCAGGCUGAACAUCAGCUAUGGCCCUGAUCGAGCGGACAUCACCAGGGGCCCGGCAUCCGAGGCGGUCAGCACCAUCAAGGCAGAGUUCAACUCCAGCCUGACCCUGCAGUGUCGGGCUGAAUCCCAGCCAGAUGCUGAGUUUCACUGGACCCUUGAACACUCCACCAGUGUGUGGACGGGGGAGCAGCUGAUCAUCGAGGCCCUGACCUGGGAACACCAGGGGACCUACAACUGCGUGGCUUUUAACUCUCUGACCCACCUGGCCAGCUCCGCCUCCGUCCGGGUCAGGGUGAUGGGUCCCCAGUUGUCCCAGUCUAUAGGGGCCAUCACUGGCAUUACCAUCGGGAGUGUGGCUGUUGUUGCCCUGGCCACAGGGCUGGCCUGUUUCCUCUACAUCAGAUAUGCCAAAGGGUCCUCAAGGAGAACAACAGAGGACCUCAUCCUUGAGGCCAGGACACCCACCUCUGAAACGACUCAUCCUGCAGAGCCUGGUCGCAACUGGCCCAUGCCCACGUAUGCCAAUGUACCCAACACUCAAGAACAGGUCCGAGUCAAAAAGGUGCUGACACAGGACCCUCCAGGGGAGUUCCAUGAGAAGGAAUCAUCUUCAGCGGUCCAUGGGGGCUAUUCUCGUGGCCCCAGGAAGCCACAGCCCAAACUGGCAUCGGAUCCAUCGGUCCCAACUCUACCAAAGGGAAACACAGAGUCAAACUAUGAGGUGCUGGUGAAUCCAGAGCACAACCUUUACUGCCACAUCAACUCCUCCGUCUAACAGAAGCAGAGAUCAUCUCUCCAGAAAUCCUGAAGAAAUCACGCCCAAUCAUAUUUUCAAUGACUUGUAUUGCAUACAUAUUGUAUUCCAGCCUAUCUCUUUGUAGAGCUUGUGACAUUCUGUUUCGAUGUGUUUUCCAGGCCCUGGACCCUAGCUCCCAUCAAAUCUCAGGCUUUUGACUCCUUUUUCUUUAAACGCAAUAGAGACAAGGCAAAAGUGACCUAGAAUGAGACCGCCAAGAUCUGACACCCAGGAGUUGGGGAUGCCAUAGUGUUUGCCCAUCCUUGGCAAACACUGUUGAUAGAUACAGUAUCCAAGGAGAAGUGUGAGUCUGAUCAGAUAGAGAUGAGUAUGGGGUGUACACAGGAGUCCGAUAAGCCGUGUCUUUUCAAAUCAUGGUAGAGAAGUAAGAAAAAGGAGCUAUCAAGAGUUGGCACGUGGGGUUAAGGAUCUGGCAUGUGGCAAGUUGCGGUGUAGGUCACAGAUGCAGCUUGGAGUGGUGUGACUGUGGUGCAGGCCAGCAGCUACAGCUCCAAUUUGUCCCCUAGGCCAGGAACUUCCAUAUGCUGCAGAUGCUAUAUAUAUAGACAGAGAGGAAGAGUUGGCGAGAGAAAACAUAGAGUGAACCAUGGGAAUCAGGCACCUGGGGAGGUGCGGGCAUGAGAUUCUUAGAACCCCGAAGGACUCAUUGAUGGAGAUGAGAGAACAAGGUUUGCCAAAAGUAAAGAGGAGUCAAGGGUGACUCCCAGGCUCCUGGCCAGAACAAUGGAAUGAUCGGCAGGCUACUUUCUGAAGCAACAGUGUGGGAGGAGCAAAUGUGGGAUAUACAACCAAGAAUUUGGUUUAGACACAUCAAGGAUCAAUUGGAGAAUCCAGUAGGCAGAUGUUCCUGAAGGUCUGGACAGAGCAGGACUAUAGAGACACAUUUGGGAGUUGUCAGUGGGAUUUGAAGUUAGGGGGCUCCAUGAAAUCGUGUGUCGGGGGUCACCAGAACCACCCUCAGGCGCAGUGAUUUGCUGAAAGGAUUCACAGGACCUGGAAGUUGUUAUGCUCAUUGUUAUGGUUCAUUAUGGCAAAAGGACAGAGAGGAAAAUGAGCAAAGGGAAAGGGUGUAAGCAGUGGCGUCUGAAAGAAAACAUGAGGAAGCUGCCAGGUGUCCCUUCUCUGGAGUCACAGGGGGAUUCCCGCAGUAGGUGACCACAUACGGGAAGCAUUGCCAACCAGGGAGGCUCACCCUGAAUCUGCGUGUUCAGGGUCUUUAUGCGGGUCCGUCGCUGAAGCUCCAGACCCCCAGGAGGCAAGCAGGUGUGUUCACUACAGAUCACCGUGCUUGUAUAACUAUCUAGACAGAGGGGUACAGGUGUGCAAAAACACCUCUAUCUGAUAGAACAUUGCAGAAGCUUAGUUCCUAGAAGCUGAUCAAGUCCUUUAAGCUAGGCCUUUUGAGGGGAAUAUGCAGGGUUUGAGCAACUCAGGCCUGCUGAGUUAACCCUUUCCCCUACAGACCCCCAAGAGAGGAGAUGAAGAUAGAGAAGAGCAGGGACUAACAAAGUAAAUGUUGGUCCCUCCAACAUUUAUAGUUUGAGGCAGAGGAUCGUGCAAAGGAAAAGGACAGUCCUUUUUUUUUUCCUGCCAAGAACUGCUUCCCCCUGAAUCUCCAAGGGACGGGUCACACUCUCCCUCUCUCUUUAUCUUUAAAGCAAAUGGAUUCGUGACCUCCUGGCUCUCCAGUGGAUGGCGAGCCCUCAUCCAGCUCCCCAAAAACAGAGCCUCAUUAUGAAACUUGGUCUCAGUCAAUCCCCCAACACCUGAGAGAGAAAUCUCUGGAUUAGAGGGCAUCUUUCUAGGAGGAGUUUCUGUUCUUCAAGGUCCCUAUAAUAUUCAGCUUAGGUCAGGGAUUCUGGUGCUCCUGGAAGUCAACAUGACCAUCCAGUUCAUUUUGAAAGAAAAAAAAAUGACCUAACAAAAAACAAAGUCACCUUUACAUUAUAUAUUACCAAUGCUUUAAAGUAAAAAAAUAACAGCUUAAAGUAAAAAAAUAAAAAAAGUCAAAACAUGUAAACUGAAAAAAAGGAAGACGAGGAGUUCCCUGGUGGCUCAGAGGGUUAGGGACCUGAUGUUGUCACUGCCGUGGUGUGGGUUGGAUCCCUGGCCCAGGAACUUCCUCGUACCGUGGGUGAGGCCAAAAAAGAUGAACUAAUGCUCAAAGCACCCCAUUGUGAUUCUGUCCUAUGUAUACUGCAUCUGUACAUCGGUCUGCAAGAUUUGACAUCUUUCCAACACAACCAUUGUAACGUGGCAUUUCUAUGUCUUUUGUCUCUCUCAGUAGGGUUUUGGAGGUUUUUUCCUAAUGUCUCUAUCUAUCUUACUAAAUUUACUUGUAGAACUUGUUUGCUUCUAUUAUGAAUAAAUGUGUACCUUUCUCUGC